GGCUGAUAUCAAGACUAUCGACAGAACUACGCUACACCAUACGGAAUUGUGAAGCCUCGAAAUAUAUCAGACCUGUGUGCUCUAUCUACUGUCUGAAGUCAAACGACCUACCAAAUCACAUAGACCUCGUGCUUCACAUCUCCUGAACAGCCACCACGCCCACCCAUCCAUCCCAUCCAUCACCAACCUCUUCUAACCACCAAACCCUCUUUCCCUCCCUCCACCAUGGCAACCAACGAUAUCACCACCACCGGCAUCCCCAGCACCACCAACCCCACCUCCGACGACCCAACCCUCUACCCCUACAACCUCGGCCCCUUCACCCGCCCCAUCACCACCCCCUCCCCAUCCGCCCAAACCUGGUUCAACAACGGCCUAACCUGGACCUACGCCUUCCACCACGAAGAAUCCGCCCGAUGCUUCCUCUCGGGCCUCACCCACGACCCCACCGCCCCAAUGCUCUACUGGGGCCUCGCCUACACCCUGGGACCAAACUACAACAAACCCUGGGACAUGUUCGACGACGCCGACCUUUCCCGCACCCUCAACCGGAUCCGCGCCGCCAUCACAGCCGCGAAGGACUACUCCGCUAACGCCACGGAGGUCGAGCGCGCGCUCAUCGACGCCAUCCAGCCGCGCGUCCCGGAGACGCUGGACGAGGAGUCGUAUCGCGCGUGCAACGAGGCGUACGCGGCGGCCAUGGCGGACGUGUACGCGAGGUUCCCUGGCGACUUGGACGUAGCGGCGCUGUACGCGGACGCGCUGAUGAACAUGUCGGCGUGGGACCUGUGGGAUCUGCGGACGGGGAAGCCGACUCCGGGUGCGAGGUCGGAGGAAGCGAAGGCGGUGCUGGAGGCGGCGUUCGAGGGGGAUAGGGAGGGCGCGAUGGGGCAUCCCGGGUUGUUGCAUUUGUAUGUGCAUUUGAUGGAGAUGUCGAGGACGCCGGAGGCGGCGGUCGAGGCGGGGAAUGCGCUGAGGGGGUUGUGUCCGGAUGCGGGCCAUUUGGUGCAUAUGCCGAGUCAUUUGGAUAUUUUGGUGGGCGAUUAUAAGGCGGCGGUUAAGGCGAAUGCGGAUGCGAUUGUCGCGGAUGAGAAAUUUGUGGCGAGGCAUGGUGGGAGCAAUUUUUAUACGUUUUAUAGGCUGCAUGAUUAUCAUUCGCUUAUCUACGCGGCGAUGUUUGCGGGGAAGUAUGGGGUUUGUAUGGAGUAUGUGGAGGGGAUGGAGAAGUCGGUGCCGGAGGAGUUGUUGAGGAUUGAGAGUCCGCCGAUGGCGGAUUGGAGUGAAUCGUGGGUUUCGGUGCGGGUUCAUGUACUGGUGAGGUUCGGGAAGUGGGAGGAGUUGCUGAAGCUGGAGUUUCCUGAGGAUAAGGAGUUGUACUCGGUCACGACGGCUAUGUAUCACUACGGCAAGGGCGUUGCGUAUGCGGCUACGGGACGGGUGGACGAGGCACAGAAGGAAAGGGAUCUCCUGUAUGAGGCAGUGCCUCGUGUGCAGCCGAGCAGGAUAGCAGGAGAUUUUCCGAACAAGGCGGUGGUGGUGUUGGAGGUUGCGAAGGCGAUGUUGGAUGGGGAGUUGGAGUAUCGAAGAGGAAACUACAGCGAUGCUUUUAGGCACUUGGAGACAGCGAUCGAGAGAGACGAUGGGUUGGUUUAUGCGGAGCCAUGGCCUUGGAUGCAGCCUGUGAGGCACGCUUAUGGGGCUUUGUUGCUGGAGCAGGGAAGAGUGGAGGAGGCGGAGAGUGCUUUUAAAGCGGAUCUAGGGUUUGAUGAUACGUUACCCAGGGCGAGACAGCAUCCGAACAAUGUGUGGGCGCUGCAUGGAUACUUGGAAUGUCUGGAAAAGACAGGUAAAGAGGAGGAGGCAGGCAAGAUACGGGAGCAGUUGGAAGCCGCUCAGUUGGAGGCGGAUGAACCAGUUAAAGCGUCUUGUUUCUGUAGAACGGUCAGUAACUAAGUGUAGCAUUCUGUAUGAAUUGACGAUUGCAAUUUCUUGAUCCUUCGAUUUCAUAU